CCUGGGUUUACCAGUCCUCUCUUUCAGUUCCUCAUUCAUUUUAAUCGAAUGUCCUCUGCCAGACGUCAGUUGUUCCGUGCCGCCUGCGGCCUCUCUUCUUCCGCACGCCUUUCGGCUGCCAGAACCUCGGUUAGAGCCGUUCCCCUCUUGAACAGCUCCGUACGUGCUUUCUCUGCUACUAGCAACUCCAAAUUCACCGCUCUUCGCGCUAUGGUCAACUUGAACAACGAAAAGGAUAUCCGUUUCUACAGCUCCAAGUCUUUCCCUUCGCACAACGUCAUUGCCAUGCCUGCUCUUUCGCCUACUAUGACUGCUGGUGGUAUUGGUGCUUUCCAGAAGAAGGUUGGCGAUGAAAUGCAGCCUGGUGAUGUCCUUUUGGAAAUCGAAACCGAUAAGGCCCAGAUGGACUUUGAGUGCCAGGAGGAAGGUUUCAUUGCCAAGUUCCUCGUUCAGGAAGGUGAUAAGGAUGUUCCCGUCGGCAAGCCCAUUGCUAUUCUUGUCGAAGAUGAGGGUGAUGUUGCCGCUUUCGAAAACUUCACUUUGGAGGAUGCUUCCUCUGGCCAACCCGCCAAGGAAGAAUCUCCUGCAACCAAGGAAUCGCCCGCUGAAGCCGAGGAAGCCGCUCCUGCUGCUCCUGGCGCUACCGCUGCCGCUCCCGCUGCUUCUUCCGCCAGCGCUGCUAGUGGUGAUCGCAUCAAGGCUAGCCCCUUGGCUCAAAAAAUGGCCAACGAACGUAACAUUGAUCUUUCCCAAGUUCAGGGUACCGGUCCCAACGGCCGAAUUGUGAAGUCUGAUAUUGAGGGCUUCAAGGGUGCUCCCGCUGCUGCUCAAACUCAGGCUGCUCCUAAGGCUGCUGCUCAACCUGCUCCCGCUGCUUACACUCCUCAGGGUGCGGCUGGUGAUGCCUUCACUGACAUCCCUACUUCCAAUAUGAGAAAGAUCAUCGGUUCUCGCUUGCAAGAAUCCAAGCAGACCGUUCCUCACUACUACUUGACUGUUGAGAUCGGCAUGGACAAGGUGAACAAGUUGCGCCAGGUCUUGAACAACUCUGCCGAGGGCAAGUACAAGUUGUCUGUCAACGAUUUCAUCGUCAAGGCUUCUGCCCUCAGUUUGAAGAAGGUUCCCGAAGUCAACGCCGCAUGGCAGGGUGAUUUCAUCAGACAAUACAACACUGCUGAUGUCUGUGUUGCUGUUGCCACCCCCACCGGUUUGAUCACUCCUAUUGUGGCCAAUGCCGAAUCCAAGGGCUUGUCUUCCAUUUCCGCUCAGGUUAAGGAUAUGGCCACCCGUGCCCGCAACGGUAAGCUGGCACCUCACGAAUAUCAGGGUGGUUCCUUCACCAUCUCCAACUUGGGCAUGUUCGGCAUCAAGCACUUCACUGCUAUCAUCAACCCCCCUCAAUCUUGCAUUCUCGCCAUUGGUGGUACUCAAAAGAAGGUGGUUGCCGAUGAAACCCAGGAAUCCGGUUUCGCUGUGCGUGACGUGAUGGAAGUGACUUUGAGCGCUGACCAUCGUGUUGUUGAUGGCGCUGUUGGUGCUACUUGGUUGCAAGCAUUCAAAGAGUACAUGGAAAAUCCUCUUAAGAUGAUGCUGUAAAUAGCCUAAAAAAUUAUUAUCUCUUACACCAUGUUUUUUGUUAUUUUCUUUGCCUACACACAACACACAUAUAAAUCAAUAAAUGCUCUCUCAAUCCUGUAA